AUGGCUGUUGAGGCUUCUGAUAAACCAAACUUGCCUGAAAAUUUUGACGACGGCAGCAGCGAUGAUGAUCAACCGUUAUCUUUUCAAAGAUACGCCAAGAAGAGUCCAUUGCAUUCUCAAGUAAAGAAAACAACUUCUCACAGUCAAGAGGGAAGGUCAAAUAGACAGAUAACUGACACACCUUCCUCAAAUGGCCAAAAUUCUAAGCCAUCAAAUUCAGCUGUCAACACCUCCUCUAACAAGUCACCCGUAGCAAAUUCAAAAUCCCCUUCAUUAGGGGAUAAACAAAACUUGCCCGAAAAAUUUGACGAUGACAGCGAUGAUGAUCAACCACUAUCUUUUAAAAGAUACGCUAAGAAGAGUCCGUUGCAUUCUCAAGUAAAGAAAACAACUUCUCACAGUCACAAGGGAAGGUCAAAUAGACAGAUAACUGACAUGCCUUCGUCAAAUGGCCAAAACUCUAAGCCGUCAAAUUUGGCUGACAACACCUCCUCUAACAAGCCACCCGUAGCAAAUUCAAAAUCCCCUUCAUUAGGAGAUAAACCAAAGCAUCUUCUGGGACUGAAAGUAACUGUUGAUGUUAAGAAACAAAUAACACCUAUGGAAGAACACCCUACGAAAGGUUAUUGUGAAGGUUUGGAGGAUGACGAUGAUGAUAAACCAUUGAGUUCUAGGUGGAAGAUAAAAUCUAAUCAUGGUAGCAAAGUAGUGGCUCCUGUUGUUAACAACAAGUCUUCUCAAGACUCAGACUCAGAUGACGAUGAUGUCCCUCUGUCAGCAAAUUUGUUACCUAAGUUAUUACGAAAUUCUAAUUCUGGAACAUCUAGCAUGAACUAUGAUGAUUCUGAUAAGAAGCGUAUUUCAAAAGUUCAGAAUGAGCGGCAAAAUGGUUCUAGCACAAGUAAUAAACAGCAAAAGCCAUCUACACUACCAGUUAAGAGAGAACUCGAAAAUUGUGAUUCCCCGCACUCUUCGGCUAAAAAGUUAAAGAUCUCAGAUUCAACCACUUCAAUCAAAACUAAACAAGUCUCUGUUAAGUCUGAAAUUAAAGCUGAGGGGGAAGAUGAUGAUAACGAUGAUGAACUUCCUAUUUCCCAUAGAUUUAAGAAGUUACCAACAUUAGCUGAUAAACCAUCUUCCACAGAGAAGAUAUUGGCAAAGGUUACUAAAGUUAACAAGUCUGGUUCAACAUCUUUUAAGAAAUCGAUCAAGAACAAACAGACCAAGAACAAGUCAAAAAAAUCCGGCAGUGGCUCAGAAUAUUCCAAAUCUACGAAACUUCUUCCUAGCUCUGGUGAUGGGCAGAAAAAAUGGACUACGCUGGUUCAUAAUGGUGUCAUUUUUCCUCCUCCUUACAAACCCCAUGGGGUAAAAAUGCUUUAUAUGGGGAGGCCUGUUGAUUUGACUCCUGAGCAAGAAGAGGUUGCUACAAUGUAUGCGGUUAUGCGAGAUACAGAUUACAUGCUAAAAGAUAGGUUCAAAGAAAAUUUCUGGAAUGAUUGGCGAAAGUUGCUAGGAAGAAAUCAUGUAAUUCAAAGCUUGAAAGAUUGUGACUUUACCCCAAUCUAUGACUGGUGCCAAAGUGAAAAGGAAAAGAAGAAACAAAUGACUACAGAAGAGAAGAAAGCUCUGAAGGAAGAAAAAUUGAAGCAAGAGGAAAAAUACACAUGGGCUAUUGUCGACGGUGUUAAAGAGAAGGUUGGAAAUUUCAGAGUCGAGCCUCCCGGAUUGUUCCGUGGCCGUGGAGAGCAUCCCAAGAUGGGAAGAUUAAAAAAACGCAUUCAUCCAAGUGACAUUGUAAUUAAUAUUGGAAGUGAGGCACCAGUUCCUGAAUGUCCUAUUCCUGGUGAAAGAUGGAAGGAUAUAAGAAAUGACAAUACAGUUACAUGGUUAUGCUAUUGGAGUGACCCAAUUAAUCCAAAGCUAUUCAAGUAUGUGUUUCUGGCAGCCAGUAGUUCCUUGAAGGGUCAAAGUGACAGGGAAAAGUAUGAGAAGGCUAGGAUGUUGAAGGAUUAUAUAGGGAACAUCAGGGCUUCAUACACGAAAGAUUUUACGAGUAAGGAUAUUACAAAGCAGCAGAUAGCCGUUGCUACUUAUCUUAUUGAUAAACUGGCUCUGAGGGCUGGUAAUGAGAAGGAUGAUGAUGAAGCUGAUACUGUUGGCUGCUGCACAUUAAAAGUUGAGAAUGUGACAAGAGAAACCCCCAACAAAUUGAAGUUUAACUUCCUUGGUAAAGAUUCAAUCAAGUAUGAAAAUACAGUUGAGGUUGAGCUUCCUGUUUAUAAUGCAAUUUUGAAGUUCCAAAAAGAUAAAGGCCCUGGUGAUGAUCUCUUUGAUAAGCUAGAUACAAGUAAAUUGAAUGCUCAUCUAAAGGAACUCAUGCCUGGCUUAACAGCAAAAGUCUUCCGUACAUUCAAUGCAUCUAUCACAUUGGAUGAUAAGUUGAAUAAAGACACUAAAGAUGGAGAUGCCGCAGAAAAGAUUGUUGUUUAUCAGCAUGCAAAUAAGCAGGUUGCAAUCAUCUGUAAUCAUCAACGGAGUGUUUCAAAAUCUCACAGUGCACAAAUGAUCAAAUUAAAUGAGAAAAUUGAUGAACUUCAGGAUGUUCUGAAGGAGCUGAAAGUAGAUUUGGACAGGGCAAGAAAAGGGAAGUCCCCUACAAAGAGUUCAGAUGGAAAAAGCAAACGAAGCUUAACUUCCGAAGUGCUAGAGAAAAAGAUAUCUCAAACCAAUGCAAAAAUUGAGAAAAUGCAACGUGAUAUGAAGACAAAAGAAGAUCUUAAAACUGUAGCAUUGGGCACAUCCAAGAUAAACUAUCUCGACCCCAGGAUUACAGUUGCCUGGUGCAAGCGGCAUGAGGUUCCCAUUGAGAAGCUUUUCACAAAAUCUCUGCUGGCAAAAUUUGCUUGGGCAAUGGAUGUGGACCCAGAUUUCAGAUUCUGA